GCGCAUGCGCGCGGCCAGGCAGCCUGGGCAGCGGGUCCUGCCUGUGACGGGUGGCGGCGGACGGUCCUGCCUGGAACAGCGGCGGCUGCUUGUCCAGACACCUGCGGCGGCGGCUACCCCGCGGCGGGCGCAGAGAUGUGGCCCCUGGUGGCGGCGCUGUUGCUGGCUUCGGCGUGCUGCGGUUCAGCUCAGCUACUAUUUAAUAAAACAAAAUCUGUAGAAUUCACAUUCUGCAAUGAAACUGUUGUCAUCCCGUGCUGUGUUAAUAAUAUAGAGGCAGAAAACCUUAACGAACUGUAUGUAAAGUGGAGAUUUAAAGGAAAAGACAUUUACACCUUUGAUGGCGUUGUCAACAAGUCCAAUACCUACGGUAAUUUUAAGAGUGCAAGAAUGGAAGUCCCGGAAUUACUAAAAGGGGAUGCCUCCUUGAAGAUCGAUAAGAGUGAAGCUGUCUUGGGAAAUUAUUCAUGUGAAGUGACAGAAUUAAGCAGAGAAGGCGAAACAUUCAUAGAACUAAAAUAUCGUGUUGUUCCGUGGUUUUCUCCAAAUGAAAAUAUUCUCAUUGUUAUUUUCCCAAUUUUUGCUGUACUCCUGUUUUGGGGACAGUUUGGUAUCAAAACACUUAAAUAUAAAUCCAGUCACAUGGAUGAGAAAACCAUUGCUGUACUUGUUGCUGGACUGGUGACCACUGCAGUUAUCAUUGUUGGAGCCAUUCUUUUCGUCCCAGGUGAAUAUUCAGUAAAGAAUUCUACUGGACUUGGUUUAAUUGUAACUACUACAGGGUUAUUAUUAUUACUUCACUACUAUGUGUUUAAAACAACCAUUGGCAUUCCCUCCUUCGUCAUUGCCAUAUUGGUUAUUCAGCUCCUGGCCUAUGUACUCGCUGUGGUUGGAUUGAGUCUCUGUAUUUCGGCAUGUAUACCAAUGCAUGGCCCUCUUCUGAUUGCAGGUUUGGUUAUCUUUGCUCUAAUCCAAUUACUUGGACUAGUUUAUAUGAAAUUUGUGGCUUCCAAUCAGAAGACCAUGAAUCCUCCUAGGAAAGCUGUAGAAGAACCCCUUAAUGCGUUUAAAGAAUCAAAAGGAAUGAUGAAUGAUGAAUAACUGAAGUGAAGUGAUGGACUGUGAUGUGGAGAGUAGUAAGACGUGAAAGGAAUACACUUGUGUUUAAGCACCAUGGCCUUGAUUCACUGUUGGGGAGAAGAAACCAAGAAAAGUAACUGGUUGUCAUUGUGGGGGAAAAUAAGUCAUUGACCCUCAAAUGAUUGUUACAGUUAAGUUUUUAUUCAAAGCAGCUGUAAUUUAGUUAAUAAAAGAAUUACGAUGUGCUGUGUGCCCAACUGAGAUCCAGUUUUUUUGUUAUUUUUAUUCAAUUAGGGGCAAAAGUAGAAUGGGCAGCUUCCAAGAAUGAUGCCUUUUAGAUCCUAGGACCUCUUGACUCUAGGUCACUACAGUUAAAGUUAGUUCAGGGUGAGAAUCACGUAGCACUAACCUGGUGGUUACCCAGAGAAAUCAAUGAAAAACAGUGGCUUCCAUCAAACCUUAGCAAACUCAGGUUCACAACAGCAUUGGCAGUUACGAUAUUAGCUGAAUAAUGUGUCUGCCACUUCAGGGUCAAUGGAAGAAUGAAUUAAGUACAGACAGGAAUUUGAUUGGGAACAUCUUGUAUGCCACCCACGUGUGAUGUGAUAUUGCUAGAGAUAGUGGUCUUCAUUCUUGGGGGUUGCCAUUCACACGUUCCCGUUCAAGAUACAGUGUAACAAAUCCUUUGCAGAUUUAGGGUAUUUUGAUUGAUGGAUUUGUUUUUCUUUUAUUCACACAACUCUUGAAAUCCUGUCUUGUCCUCCUGUUAUUUGCUUCUGCUGUACAAGAUGUAGCACCUUUUCUCCUCUUUGAACAUGGUCCAGUGACACCGCAACAUGCAGGAAGGAGCCAGACUUGUUCUCAGAGCACUAUGUUCACACUUUUCAGCAAAAAUAGCUAUGGUUGUAACAUAUGUAUUCCCUUCCUCUGAUUUGAAGGCAAAAAUCUAUAGUGUUUCUUCACUUCUUUUCUGAUCCGAGGCAUGAAAAACCAAGAUUGAAAUUUGAACUAUGAGUCUCCUGCAUGGCAACAAAAUGUGUGUCACCAUCAGGCCACCAGGCCAGCCCUUGAAAGGGUGGUUUUAUUACUGUUGUAUUCUGUGUUGCAUGAUAAACACUCAUCUCCUUCCUCCUGUAGUCCUGCCUCGUACUCCCCUUCCCCUAAGAUUGAGAAGUAAAACAAAACCCACAUUUCCUAUCCCAGUUAGAAGAAAAUUAACGUUCUGACAGUUGUGAUCGCCUUGAGUACUUUUAGACUUUUAGCACUUGUUUUUUACCUCUUCGUGGGUGUGUGUUUGUAUGUGCAUAUGUAUAAGAUAGGCACAUGCAUCUUCUAUAUGGACAAAAGUGGGCUACCUACAGUGCAGGAGCGCAAAGGUUAAUUUUGUGCUUUUAGUAAAAACAUUUAAAAACAAAGAUCUUUAUUGGGUGAAAUUAUAUUUGAUGCAAAUGUUUGAUCACUUAAAACUUUAAAAACUUCUAGGUAAUUUGCCAUGCUUUUUGACUGCUCACCAAUGCCCUCUAAGAAUACAUAAUUCUUCCUGUUUGUGUAAUAAGACAUCCAUAUUUGUAGUUGCAUUAAUAGUUAUUUCUUAGUCCACUGAAUGUUCCCAUGUGCCUCUUUUAUGCCAAAUUGUCGUAUUUCAUGUUGGGACCAAGUGGUUUGCCCAUGGCAAACCUAAAUUUAUGACCUGCUGAGGCCUCUCAGAAAACGGAAUACACUAGCAAGACAGCUCUUCUUGAA